UGCUACAUCACCCCGAGGCCUGAGUCCCUAUAUACGUGUUCCUCCUCAACUUCCGAUCCCUUCCCUUCCACUUCCCUUUUUAAAAUUCACUUCCUCUAUCCAUCUCGCCUCUGUUUCUUCCAUUCACUCUCUCAUCACAACCCCAAUCGUCCAACGCCUCCCGAAAUUCCUCAUUUUUCCUCCCCGGAAAUCUUACUCUCUGCUGCAAGCAGGUUGAAAAGUGCCAUUUGAUCAAAUUAGAAUGUCAUCUCCAAGUAAGAGAAGGGAAAUGGAUGUGAUGAAAUUGAUGAUGAGUGACUAUACAGUGGAGACAAUAAAUGAUGGGCUCAAUGAAUUCAAUGUGGAGUUCCAUGGUCCAAAAGAAAGUCUUUAUGAGGGUGGAGUCUGGAAAAUUCGUGUUGAACUUCCUGAUGCUUAUCCGUACAAAUCCCCUUCUAUUGGGUUUGUGAACAAGAUAUUCCACCCAAAUGUUGAUGAGCUAUCUGGCUCUGUAUGCUUGGAUGUUAUUAACCAAUCAUGGAGUCCAAUGUUUGAUCUUUUGAAUGUAUUUGAAGUGUUUCUUCCACAACUGUUGCUUUAUCCGAACCCUUCAGAUCCUCUCAAUGGUGAUGCAGCGUCAUUAAUGAUGAAGGAUCAAAAGCUGUAUGGUCAAAAAGUUAAGGAGUAUUGUGAGCGGUAUGCGAAGAAGGAUAACAUUACAAACUCUACAGCAGAAGAUGAGGAGAGUGGAGAUGAGGAAGAGAUCAGUGAGGAGGAAAGUGAAUCAAGUGAAGAUGAAAUUCCAGGCCAUGCUGAUCCCUGAAAAGGCUGUAGUGGUCUUUAGCUAUAAACCUCUUAAAAACAUCCCUGCAGCAAUGAUAGCCUUGUUGCUCUAUUAUAAGAUGUAGGAUUAUAUAUAUGAUUUGCUGCCUGUAAUAUCACAAUUCCUGAUUCCUGUACUCAAUUAAGUAGGGUAUAUUUCAGCUAAUGGAAAAACAAACAUAAUCUGUAAGUUACAUGUAACUCUGUCUUGUUCCUUCUGUUCUCU